AUGACGCCGUCUUCUCAUAGAGGUUCGGUCGCGCCUCCGUCAAAUUGCAAUGCCGGCGUGCAAACCUCGUUCCGCGACACAGAGAAGGACUCCCUCCAAGAGGAACUCACCUCCCUUCGCGCUGAGAUGUCAAAACUCACAAACACCCUCGAAUCAUACACCUCUCUCACCACCCGCCUCUCAGACCAGCUAUCAGCCUUCACCCCCUCCGCCACCGGCGACUCUGAACCCCUACAAACAAUCGAAGAGCAAGUCACCCACCUCCUGCGCACAGUCUCAGACCGCACCGCCGCGCUCCUCGACCUCAACAGCUCCCUAAGCGACCUCGGCUUCCCGGGCUCCGACGCCUCCGAAAUAAUCACCUCCCUCGCCGCCGCCCUCCGCACCGCCCGCCUUGAGCUGGAAUACCUCACCCCGGGCGAAAUCACCCUCCCCCUCUCCUCCCACGGCGCUGAGGUCCUCGACCUGCUCCUCACCCGCCUCCGCGACCUCGCCAAGCGCGGGAAGGAGGACGAGGCCGCCAUCGACGAGUACCACCAGCUCGAGCUCUCCCUGCGGCAGCAGCUCGGCGCGCGCGUCGGCGCGAUGGACAGCCUCAACGAGGACCUCGCGCGCGCCAAGGCGCAGCUGGCGCAGAAGGAUGCUGCCGCCGCGGAGCUGCGCGUCAGCGUGGACAGGCUGAAGGGCGCGGUGAACGGGUACAUCCGCGACGUGAUGGAGCUGGAAGCCGUGAUUGGCAAGAUGGAGGGGGAGAACCGCGACGCGAUGGCGACGAAGGAUGCGCAGAUCGAGGUUGGGCGGCGGGUGCUGCGCAGCAAGGAGGAUGUGAUUGCGCAAUUGGAGACGAAGCUCGCCGACGCCGUAGCGAAGACGAAGGCGUUCCGGAGGAGGCUUGACGAGAGUGAGGAGAGCAAGGCGAAGGAGGUGGCGUCCGUCAACAGGCGCAGUGGCCAGGCUCUGGCGGUGCGCGAUGCGCGGGUCGCGGAGCUGAGGGAGGAAGUGGAGAGGGUGAAUGAGAGUUUGAGGGCUGCGCAUGAGAGCAUUAAGAAUCUGAGGAUCGAGAAGAAGGGGCUCGAGGGGAAGAUGGCGGAGGAGAGGGUUGGUGCGAAGAAGGUUAUUGACCAGAUGAAGGCGGAGUUGGAGAGGGUUGUGAGCAUGAGCAGGGAGUUCUUGGCGGAUGAGGUUGAGGAGUCGACCACGCCGACUAGCACACCGCCGAGGGCGGCAGGCCGGACGCCGAAGAAAGUGAUGGAGCCGGCGGCGGGUGUGUCAAAGUCGCCGCUUGCGGGCAGGACUGUUGUGAAGAAGGGGCUGCUUUCCGGGGAGUUGGUAAGGAGAGUUUCCGGGAGGAAGAGGAGGAAGUAUGACAGCGGGCUGGGGUUCUUGGACGAAGAUGAGGUCGAUGCAUGA